AGCGGAAAUUCUUCUUCAAGCCUCGGAGAAAUGGUUUCUGGCACAUUUCGAGCCACGCCCACUUCCACGGCAAAACAGAAACAAAAAGUGACAGAACAUGUUCCCCCAUAUGAUGUAGUACCAUCAAUGAGACCUGUUGUCUUGGUGGGUCCAUCACUGAAAGGCUAUGAGGUGACAGACAUGAUGCAGAAAGCUCUCUUUGAUUUCCUGAAGCACAGGUUUGAUGGGAGGAUAUCAAUAACUAGAGUGACAGCUGACAUUUCUCUUGCUAAGAGGUCUGUUCUAAAUAAUCCAAGCAAGAGGGCAAUAAUUGAGCGGUCAAAUACAAGAUCCAGUUUAGCUGAAGUACAGAGUGAAAUUGAAAGAAUCUUUGAGCUGGCAAGGUCCUUACAACUGGUUGUCCUAGAUGCAGACACUAUCAAUCACCCUGCACAACUUAUCAAGACAUCUUUAGCACCAAUUAUUGUCCACGUUAAAGUGUCUUCUCCAAAGGUUUUGCAGCGACUGAUUAAAUCUAGAGGAAAGUCACAAAGUAAACACUUGAAUGUUCAGUUGGUGGCAGCUGAUAAACUUGCACAAUGCCCACCAGAAAUGUUUGAUGUAAUUUUGGAUGAAAAUCAGCUUGAAGAUGCUUGCGAACACUUGGCAGAAUAUCUUGAGGCAUACUGGCGUGCUACUCACACCACCAGUAGCACACCCAUGACUCCUCUCCUUGGGCGAAAUUUAGGAUCCACUGCACUUUCACCAUACCCUGCUGCAAUCUCUGGAUUACAGAGCCAGCGUAUGAGGCACAGCAGCCAUUCUGCAGAGAACUCUCCAAUUGAGCGACGAAGCCUAAUGACCUCAGAUGAAAAUUAUCAAAACGAAAGGGCUGGGAAGAGCAGGAACCGCUUGUCUUCCAGUUCCCAACACAGCCGAGAUCACUAUCCUCUGGUGGAAGAAGAAUACUCUGACUCAUACCAGGACACUUACAAACCCCACAGGAACCGAGGAUCCCCUGGAGGAUAUAGCCAUGAUUCGCGACACAGGCUUUGAGUUCAAGAACCUGGGGAAAAAUAGUAUUCAUCAGUUGAUAACUUGCCAUAACGUAGCUAGGAAGAAAAGAAAAAAAAAAAAAAUCAUCUUAAUUUGGCAGACGUAACGCGGUGAUACCGCAGUUGCACUCUGCUGUCAUUCGAUGUUAAGUAGGGGGCAAAAAAAAAUUUACCAUGCCCUUACAUUUAUGCCCGAUCAUAUAGGUUGAUUUUUUUUUUUUCUUUAGUACAGCAUUUGCAUUGAUAGCCAUACUUUUUCUUGUCGUUAGAUAUUAGACGCAUCCGUUUGUAAUUUAGGGUACUUAUCAAGGCACUUAUAAAAUAAUUUCCUGUGCUGGAAAUUCCAAAUGACCAGUUCCAGUUGGAACCAAUUUAUAAACCAAUUCCUGUUGGAAUUUGGGUGAAUUGACUGGAAAGUCGACUUGAGCAUGUUGCAAUCA